CCAGGUGGGUGAAUGGUCAUAAAGAUGCUUAAGAAGUGGCAUUCUCAGUCAAAGAAAUUUCCUUUUUUGUUCUAGUCCAUGCUAUACUCCUCAGUACAGUAUAGUACCUUCAAGAUCAAGAUCUUAUCGAGAUGCCUGCGAGUGGGUGUGCUCUGGGCUGCGUGAGCAAUGUAGCACAUUUCCCAGUUCCCAUCACCACCACCACUACCCCUUCUCUCCUAUCCCCAAGCGGACGAUCUCAAUAGGCCAUUCUUUCCAAUUUUUUUUUUUCUCCUUUCUCCAAGCCAAAACCCUAGGCCCCUCUUUACCAUUUUUAAAUGGCGGAGCUUCCAUAGUUCUGUGCUUUUUGACAAGAAAAGGGAGAGGAGGAGAGAGUGAGAGAGUAAAAAUGGAAUUAUCUGUCCUUAGCCCAGUUCCUGAACAUACUCAAACUCAAUUUGCAGUUCCAGUGGAGGGAGGAAAAGAUAAUGAUCUCGCAAUGGUAGUGGUGGAAGAAUUAAAAGAGGGAUCAAGUUCAAGUUCCAUAGUGGUGGAGCGACAAGAGGAACUGGUGUCACCGAUUGGGGGAAAACCCACAGUGAGAAUAGGUAGAUUUCUCAAACCUCGUGUUGAUAAUGUUAAUGAAGCAGCUGGGAUUCCUUUAGUUCCUCUUCUUUCUGAAAUCAUCACUUUCAGACCCUGCAAAUGGCCUCCAAAAGUUGUGUUUAAAGGAUGGAGAUGUCCCCAGACGAAAUGGAAGAUCUGGGUCGAUCGGUUGCUGCCAUUGUACGGAUCCAUGUGGGUGAACGCUGGUAUAUACAAUGCGAUCAUGGCUUCUACUUACAGAGUCCGAAAAGACCAAGAUUUGGUCCUUGCAUUAGUGGAGAAAUGGUGCCCUCAGACAAGCUCAUUCGUCUUCCCAUGGGGAGAAGCCACAAUAACCCUUGAAGAUACCUUCAUUCUUGGGGGAUUCUCCUUUGUUGGAAAGCCCAUUACUGAACCUGUAACGAAGGAGCAAGAGAAGAUGGAGAAGAAGAUGGUUGAAGAACAUGAUGGCUUCUACAAACAUCAAUGGUGGAACCCUUCCAACUCAGAAUGGAUUACCCAUUUCAUGAAGACCCAAAUCGAACUGGAACAUGUAGCUUUCCUCUCCUUGUGGCUGUUAAGGUAUGUCUUUCCUACACCUUCUGAGAGGUCUGUGGGGAGCCAUGUCUUCCCCAUUGCCAUCCAUUUGGCUCAAGGGACACCCAUUGCUCUUGGCCCUGCUGUGCUUGCGAGUCUCUAUCGUGAUCUUAGGUUUCUUAAAGAACAAUGUUUUCAUAACCUUCUUGGAUCAAACAAGGAUGGUCAUGAAGAUGAUUUCCAUCCCAGCGUUUGGGGGCCAUUCCAACUUUUGCAGCUCUGGGCUUGGGAACGGUUUCCAUCUCUGAGACCACAGAAACCCAACUCUCUCCGACCUGGUGAACCCAGAGCAGCUCUGUGGAGCAAACUGACGACGAACAUGAGUAUUGAGCUUGUGAGGUUGGUUAUGAGCUCACCUGAAAAUUAUCAAUGGCGUCCUUAUGCUGCCAACUUGACCAACUGGUGUUCCCCUCCCUUCUACAUGGAAAGGGAAGAAUGGGUUUCCCAAGGUCCAAAUGGGGAUGUGCAAUUGGAGUCCUUUGCCCAUUGCUUCUUGGCUUCUGAGCUAGUUGGGAUAGACGGUAAAGAACACUAUCUUCCACAUCGAGUGGCUAUGCAAUUUGGAUUAGAUCAAGACAUCCCAGGUCAUUUUGGCCUUACCAGGGGAAAUUGCAGCGAACCCCUAAAAUUUGCUAUGUUCUUUAUCCCAUCUCGGCAUUUCAAAUCAGAUGUAACGACGAGAUACUCAGAAUGGUGGAAGCAAUCCAUGCUGAUUCGUCGAGAAGGAAUCAAGGAUGCUUUAACCCAAGCUCAAAUUCAGGUUAACCCCAGAAAAAUAACCAAACGUUCAAUGAAAGACAAGGCGAGAGGCAAGAAUGGCUGGGCUCUUACUUUGGUUUCUUCUGAGAAUCACAAGCGGAGCUUUCAAGAUUUUUCGGAUGAAAACCAGACACAGAAGUUGAAAAACCUUAAAUUAGCCAAACGUUCAAUGAAAGAGAAGGCGAGAGGCAACAAUGAUUGGGCUCUUACAUUGGUUUCCUCUGAAAAUCACAAGCCGAGCUCCCAAGAUUCUACUGAUGAAAACGAGUCACAGGAGUUGAAAAACCUUCAACUGGCAAAAGUGAAGGAGGAAGACCCCUUUGGACCAGUUCCGCCUGGAUUUUCAUCCAAAUGUAGAAAGUUAAACUUGGAAGAUUCAAGCCACAAAGAUGAACAUCCAGUCCUGCAAAAGAAGUUCAUCAACUUGGAAGAUUCAAGCCAGAAAGAUGAACAUUCAGUCGUGCAAAAGUUUAAACUACUAAAAGACCUCAAUGAGUCUGCAAUUGGAAGCAUUCCAGCUAGUAUUACCUCAACUACUGCAACAAACAGAGAUUUGGGAGGAAGUGAAGAAGCCCAUGAAGAUCUCAUGGAGAAGAACACAAUCGAAGUGAAGGGUAGCCAUAAACCGAAGGAAAUGAAGACAAAUGAACUGGAAGCACGGGUUUGGGAGCUUGAGAGAGAGAUUUCUGGGCUUAAAGAGAAAUUGCGUUCUAAAGAAGCUGGUGAAUCUUCAAAUCAGAGCCCAUCGCAGUCUGGCUAAAUUCAUGUUGCGCUUUUUGAAUAUAUGUAAAGUUGAAUUUGUACUUGAUUCUGCAUAGUCAAACUUGAUUUAAGUCGUAUUGUACAGAUGCAACUUGGAUUUCAGACUGAUGACCCCAGAGUUUCUGGUUUUGAGUGA